CUUGGUUGCGGAAAAGGUCUGAUCACCCUAUUUUCUUUCAAUAUGGAAUCCCAUGGGGUUGAAUCCCAUUCAGCUGUCCCACUGCAGGAACAACUGAACUCCUUCCGCGAGAAUUCAAAACUUUCUACCAAUGCCAUUGAUACACAGAUCUCCCGCCGGAAAAAGAAGUUUAUCCUGUGUUUCGAUGGCACGGGGAACAAAUUUUCUGGCACCGAUUCCGAUUCUAAUAUCUUGAAAAUAUAUCGUAUGCUUGACCGUAAUGAAGACGACCAGUUCCACUACUACCAGCCUGGGAUUGGAACCUAUGUAACUGCAAGCUCUAUGAGCGCGGGAUCUCAAGGCAGUAGGCUCGAUCGGAUCAAAUCGUGGUAUAAGAAAGCGAAGGACUCUGCUGUAGGAACGUCCUUCGAUGAACAUGUAAUGGGCGGCUAUCGGUUUCUCAUGCGAUACUACAAUGCAGGAGACGAAAUUUACUUUUUCGGGUUUUCGAGAGGCGCAUACACUGCUCGAUUUCUCGCGGAGAUGCUGGACCAUGUCGGGCUGCUUUCAGCAGGUAAUGAAGAAAUGUGUCAUUUCGCUUGGAAAACAUUUCAACGCUGGCAGUGUCGGCAGGAGCGAAAUUCAGAUGAGAAACAGGAAAAGAAGUCUCUUCUGGAGUUCAUGUGCGCCUUUCGGGAGACAUUCAGUCGUCCAGUGGCAGCCAUUCGGUUCCUGGGUUUGUUCGACACUGUUAACAGUGUCCCGAGGUUUGAGAGUGCGUGGAUGCAGCGCAGCAAGUUCCCAUACACCGCACGAAGCUCUGCUAAGGUUAUCCGACACGCUGUCUCCAUUGACGAGCGUCGAGCGAAAUUCAGACAAGAUCUGAUUUCCGGUCCCAAGCCGAAGCAAUCUAACCAGUACAAACAUCGACGAAAACACCUGCACAUGCGGCAUUCGAUCAAUGGCCAUCACCAACAGACCGAGGAAAGCACAGAACAACAUAGGGGUCGUAACCCUACUAUACCUAGCGGUCGAAGGGAUACAUUGGCAGUUCCUGAACGCUAUCGCAGCCGCUCAGAGACGGCUGGAGUACGCAGUCGGAGCCCUGGUUACUCUGAGAGAUCAGGACAUUACUCGCCUGCUUCUUCAGUAUCAAAUCUUUCGUUGGAUGCGCUUCGGAACAUUCGAGCCGAUGAUACGGACGAUGAAGGACCUCAAGACAUCAAGGAGGUGUGGUUUCCUGGAUGUCACGCGGACAUUGGAGGAGGAUGGCCAUUAGACUCGGGUGAAGAUGUAGCACUAUCACAUGUGCCUCUAUUUGAUGAGAUCAAAGUGCACGCCCUGAAUUGUACACCCGCCUCCGACCCUGAACCAGAUCUUUCAACAGCCCACGAGAAUGUACCAUCCAUUCCCAUUCCGACUAUUGAGGUCGAUCCUGCUAGUCCACCAGCUGUAUCUCAACCCCCUCUGUCCCCUAGAACGCGACCCCAAACCGCCGAUCCAGAAAAGUCACUGCGAUCCCCACCGAUGGGGAAUGACUACCAAUUUCCCCAGCCACCCUCGUCUUCUCACCACCAUUUCCACGCCCAUUCCAAGUUCCACACACAUCUCCAUACCGCGGCAACGCAGGGCAGGAUUCACGAUGUCCUCCAAUUACGCAACGGCGUUCCUGCUCUCUCAGUACUAUCCUGGAACAUCAUGGAAUACCUUCCCUUCCGCCGCAUGGAUCUACAAGAUGAUGGGUCCUGGAAAGCCAUCGUGUGGCCGCUUCCUAAAGGGGAGGUCCGUGAUAUCCCCGAGGACGCUAUAAUUCACCGUAGCGUCAUCAAACGCAUGGAAGCCGAUCCAAACUAUCGACCUGGAAACUUGAUUGUCGGUGGUGGGGGAAGAGGUGUGAGGAAGGCGCCUCCUGAGAUGGGCACGGGGAAGUGGAAGGUUGUUUGUGAGGAGGGACAUGCGGUUGGAGAAUGUUAUGUCAGAAGCGAGAAACCUGUUAAAAAGAAGGAGGUUGAAGGAGCAAAGAUGCUGGCUGUCGCACCGAAUGGGCCUCAGGGCACUUUCUUGUUCGCGAAGUGA